AUGACAACUUCCUCUUCUUGGUCUAUAAAUAUGAAUUUGAAUAAAAUUAUGGGCGGAGAAAACAUCACCAUCAACGGCAACAUCUCAGACAUCCACCACAUCGCACACAGUCUGUGGGAAGUGGUCACCAUAGCAACGGUCUCCGCCAUCGUCAGCCUCAUCACGAUUAUCGGGAACAUUCUAGUGAUGUUGUCCUUCAAAGUGAACAGUCAGCUGAAGACGGUGAACAACUACUAUCUGUUGAGUCUGGCAUUCGCUGACCUCAUCAUCGGCGUCUUCUCCAUGAACUUAUACACCUCGUACAUACUGAUGGGUUACUGGUCUCUCGGUAGUCUGGCGUGUGAUCUGUGGUUAGCUAUGGAUUACGUGGCCAGUAACGCCUCUGUGAUGAACUUACUAGUCAUCAGUUUCGACCGAUACUUCUCCAUUACGAGACCGCUGACGUAUCGAGCCAAACGAACGCCGAGGCGAGCGGGCAUCAUGAUCGGUCUUGCUUGGCUGGUGUCCUUCAUCCUGUGGGCGCCGCCAAUCCUGUGCUGGCAGUAUUUUGUCGGUAAACGGACGGUCCCUGACAGGCAAUGUCAGAUCCAGUUCUUCUCCGAGCCAGUGAUCACCUUCGGAACAGCGAUAGCGGCUUUCUACCUUCCUGUCUCCGUAAUGACCAUUCUAUACUGCCGGAUAUACAAAGAGACGGAGAGACGCACUAAAGACCUGGCCGAACUUCAGGGCACCAACUCUUCACCAAACUCGAGCAGCAACGUUCAGCCUCAAAAAACCAUCAUCAGAUCAUGUUUCAACUGUAAACAACUGAGCGGCACCUUAAGAGAGAGAAACCAAACGUCCUGGUCCUCUUCAAACCGCAGUAGCGCGCCCAAAUCCACCACAUUGUCCCACAACGAGUGGUCCAAAACGGAUCAUCUCGCCAACUUCAACAGCUACGCCUCCUCUGAAGACGAGGAGCGCUCCGUUUCUCCAGGUGUUUUCCAAGCGUCUUACAGACAUCCAGAUGAUAAAGCUGCACCGUCCAGUGAGAAUGGACGCUCCAGCAGCAACGAUGAGGAAAACUUCUUCCCGAAGAGCAAGAAAUGCAUCUCGUACAAGUUCAAGCCGGCGUCGAAGGACAACGGUCCACAACAGAACACCAACGGCGACGCAAAAGCCGCCACCUCGUCCGCUGAGUCUGUGAACGCCCCUUCCUCAUCUUCAUCCUCAAAGCCCAUAGAUGCCACACUGAAGAGCCAGAUGACCAAGAGGAAGAGGAUGGUCUUGAUCAAAGAGAGGAAGGCCGCCCAGACUCUGAGCGCCAUCCUGCUGGCCUUCAUCCUCACGUGGACGCCCUACAACAUCAUGGUGCUCAUCUCCACCUUCUGCUCCGAUUGCAUCCCGCUGUCGCUCUGGCAUCUGGGGUACUGGCUGUGUUACGUCAACAGUACCGUUAACCCCAUGUGUUACGCUCUCUGUAACAAAACCUUUCAAAAGACCUUCCGCAUGCUGCUGUUGUGCCAGUGGAAGAAGAGGAGGGUUGAGGAGAAACUCUACUGGUGUGGACAAAACCCUGCGGCGAGCAACAGGUUAACCUGA